AUGGCGUCAUCUUCGAAUUUAAUCUCCGAUCCCCAAUCGAUAUCCAGCUCCAGCCGGUCGUCAGAAUUAAAGAACAAAAGGCGAAGAAAAGUAAUAACUGAUAAUCAAAUAGAACAAGUCAAAAUCAAUCCAACACGAUGGAAAUCCAUUGCCGAACAACAGAUCUAUUCCACCAAGCUCAUCGACGGCCUCCGUCAAGUCCGUCGAAGCUUCAAUUCUACGGCAAUUCCUCCCGUCACAACUCGCCUUAUCCGAGAGACCGCCGACAGAGUUCUCGCCGUUGCAGCCAAAGCAAGAACUCGAUGGAGCAGAGCCAUUCUCACGUCCCGGCUCCGUCGGAAGGUUAAGGUUCUUCGCCGGUUAGUUCCUGGUUGCCGGAAAUUAUCAUUCCCGAAUCUUCUUGAAGAAACCACAGACUAUAUAGCCGCUUUGGAGAUGCAAGUCCAAGCUCUCACCGGGCUCCUCACCGGCCGUAACACUAGCCACUCCUUCUGA